AUGGACAAGACCACAUUCAACCUGCUGGAUGCCAGUAUCAGCGACCUCAAACAGUUGCUCAGCGCUCGAGUCAUCACCAGUGUUGAGCUUGUAUCUCUUUACCUUCAUCGCAUCGGAAAAUAUGAUUGUCGAGGCCCACGUCUCAAUUCGAUUUGCGUCCUCAACCCCAAUGCCUUUGCUGAAGCCCAAGCCUCGGAUGACUACCGCGCUUCUGGAAAGACGCCCCGACCUCUUGAAGGCAUCCCUUUCACGGUGAAGGAUAGCUACAGAGUCCAAGGAAUGACUGUCGCUGCUGCAUCGCCUGCUUUUGCCAACCUUAAAGCAUCAGAGGAUGCGGCUAUUGUGGAGUUGCUCCGCAAGGCCGGUGCGGUUGUCCUAGGAAAGACAAACAUGCCCCCAAUGGCGGAUGGUGGUUGUCAACGCGGACUCUAUGGUCGCUCUGAGAGCCCGUAUAACCAGAAGUACAUGUGCACUGCUUAUGCUUCUGGUUCCUCCUACGGCUGCGGAGUCGCCACGGCGGCAAGCCUGGCUGCCUUUGGGUUCGCUGGAGAAGCCGUCACGUCAGGCCGCUCUCCAGCAUCCAAUAAUGCACUAGUGGCCUACACCUCUUCGCGCAGUGUCAUUCCUCCCCGGGGGUUAUGGCCGCUGUAUCCGACUUGCGAUCAGGCCGUCCCGCACACGAAAACCAUGACGGACUUGUUCCACGUACUCAAUGUUGUCGUUGCAGAUGAUGCUGCUGCAGGUGACGCUGAUUUCUGGCGGUCACAGCCCUAUGUGUCACUCCCAAAGGCGAGUGAAGUUCGGCCGGACGACUAUCUCUCUUUGGCUGAUCCGGACGCCCUUCGACACAAACGAAUCGCAGUUCCGAAAUGCUUCAUUGGAGUUGAGGGCGCUAGGCCAACGAAUGCCUGCUCCGCUGGGGUUAGGGCUCUCUGGGACCGCGCAAGGAAAGACCUCGAGUCUCUAGGAGCGACUGUUCUCGAGACCGACUUUCCUCUCUUUGAGAAUUACACUCGACAACACUUCCCUGGCCAGGGAAUGAACGUUCCUGGCCUAUCUCAGGAAUGGGCGGCGCGUGAACGCUGUGACAUGAUUGCUUUGAGCUGGGACAACUUCCUUCGUAGCAAUGGGGAUGACAAGAUACCAAACUUCACCUUUGCUGAGCUUGAGAAGAUUCACCCACACAUUGCCCCGAUGGACGACCCAUCCCAACACACUGAGUCGCAGAAUCAGGUCCGCUAUGAAGACAUGGUGGCUGUUGUGAAACAACGGGGAGAGACCGGUCUUACUGACCUCCCAGGAUGCGAGGAUGCACUAAAAGCCCUGGAGGCAAUGAGGAAGAGGGACUUGGAGGACUGGAUGACUGAGAAUGAGUAUGAUGUUGUGGUGUUUCCAACGAACGGCGAUGUCGCGUCGGCUGAUUCCGAUGAGAAUUACGAAUCGAUGCUUGGCGCUUUGCGAGACGGAGUCAAAUACGCAAACGGAGGUCGAUCGUUGAAGCACCUCGGAGUCCCUUGCAUUACAGUUCCCAUGGGGAAUCUAGAGGAGGAGAAGAUGCCUGUCGGCCUCUCGUUCUGCGGCAAGGCGUACCAGGAUCAGGACCUCUUGAGAUAUGCAUUUGCUUAUGAGACCGUGUCGAAGCGCCGGCAAAACCCACCUCUCACACCAUCAUUGCCCUCAGACCAGAUUACGCUCUCGAGAGCGAGUUGUCGACCAGCUUCUCUUGUCAAGCCGAUAUUGAAGAUUGCAUCGAUCAAGUCAAUCAGCGAGGAUAGCUCUGAACAGGAGGUCCGCCUGGUCACCGUGACUGGAACUUGUCACCUGACAAGCUCUGGUGAGUCAAGCUCGCUGAGCGUCGUUGUCAAUGGGGAGCCAUCUUCCCAGGUGUCAUGGGAAGGGAACGGAUGGACUUGGACAGCUCGUCUUACUCGGCCCAAAGUCAGCGAGAAAUACCCGCCACCGGCGAAGGUGCCGAGGGAUCAAUUUAUGGUUGUGUUUGUCGCAAAGGCCGACAACGGUCGGUCAGCAGGCUCGAUGAUUUUACUAGAUUAG